GACUGUCGCUCUCCUCAAUUCGAUGCAUAAAGCUACGAUUUUUGGAAGUGAUUGGCUUUGAAAUUGAAGAAAUAUCCCUUUCGAAUCUGAUUUUGCGGCAUAUAAAGGAAAAGAAAAUUGCUUUCUCUCGAUUUUUGGGGCGAGAAAUUGCUGGAAUUCGGGGUCUGAGUCUGCGAAAUAUGCCAAGGUUUUAGCUUUUGGGGGCAUUGAUCAAUGCCCAUCUCCUAGAUGUUCAAGGUGGUGGUCUGUACCCCUUGCUUUGAAGAAUUUUAAAGGGCUAUCUUCAUGUGGGACGCUCGGUUUAGCAGACUGAGUCACGGUUUCGGUCACUUCUAUCAAGUGGCUGACUGUGGAGAACGAAUCGCAAGUAUAGGCAAAUUUGUGAAAAUGGAUUAUGAAGAUCAGAAAUGCCAGUUUCAGGACCAGCAGACAGUGAAAGAAGAACCAGAUCACGAUUCAUCUUCCACAUCUCUGCCGAUGUUGACUGACUGCAGCGGGCAGGACGGGACUGGAGAGAGGCCUCUGCCAAACCAGACCGACAUUGUUAAAGCUCUUGAAGUGGUUGAGAGAGACUCUGUCGCAAUUGCCGAGAGCUUCACAUCUCUAUUUGCUUCGCUUCGCUUAGCCCUUUCUGAGGUAACUUCUUGCUCAACAGAUCAUAUGCAGUGCUUCAAUGAUGCUGCUGGGCGCCUUCAAGAAUCUGUGCUUGAUGCAGCAACAAAAGGAAAUCGGUACAUAAAUUCCUGUCUAAGAUUAAAUGAAGAAAUGAAGGGCAUGGAAAGUCUAGCGACACAACUAAAAAUUCUGAGGAGGAAUGUUGAUGCUCUAGAUUCUGCCGUCAACAAGCUUGUCCGCCUUCCAUGACAUCGAUAAGCUGUCAGUGCAUUUCUCUUGCCUUACUUAAAGAUCUCUUCUUAUUAAAGUCCUUAGUCUUGCCAACAUGAUUCUUGAAGUGCUGGGCAUUGUGUACUUACGUCCUGCUUCAUCUAUGAGCGAUUAGCGAGAGGAGAGAAGAUGAUCACCUCACUUGUAAGGUUCAUUUUCGCCGUUCUUCUGCAUCUUUUUCCGUCAUUUGUAUAUCAUCCCCCUGAAUUUAGAUCGGUCUGCCUUCUUCUCUCUCAUAUUCGUUUUUCCCCUUUGUAUUUGAUAAGAUAUUCUCAGCUUGCUGCAAAUUUUUGCAAUCACAGCUGAGGGGUAGCCAGAAUGGCUUGUCAUGUGACUACAUGUGACAGGCCAUGCUCAUUUUAGGGAGGAAAUCUGUUAUUUUUUUGGGGCUCGUUUAA